UUCACAUCCGCAGACCUCUGAAGACGAUCUGCUCUCCUGCAACUUAGAAAAACCAGAGAGCAUAAUGGUCUAUACGCGCUGUACUUUGGUAGUUCAAGGAGAUCUACGCGUGGAUUCUUCAGUUUGAAGAUUUGAAGUUUUGAAAUGGAAAGACACGGGCGCGGAGGACACUGUCAUCGAGGAGGGCAUGGACAUGGGCAUGGACAUGGACAUGGGCAUGGACAUGGCCAUGGACAUGAACAUGGGCAUGGGCAUGAACAUGGGCAUGGGCAUGAACAUGGGCAUGGACAUGGCCAUGGACAUGAACAUGGGCAUGGGCAUGGACAUGGGCAUGGGCAUGGACAUGGACAUGGACAUGAACAUGAACAUGAACAUGGGCAUGGGCAUGGACAUGGACAUGGACAUGAACAUGGGCAUGGGCAUGGGCAUGGGCAUGAACAUGAACAUGAACAUGGGCAUGGACAUGGACAUGGGCAUGGACAUGGACAUGAACAUGGGCAUGGGCAUGGACAUGGACAUGAACAUGAACAUGGGCAUGAACAUGAACAUGGGCAUGGACAUGGGCAUGGGCAUGGUGGUUGCCAAGGACAUGGGCAAGGUGGUUGCCAAGGACAUGGGCAAGGUGGUUGCCAAGGACAUGGGCAAGGUGGUUGCCAUGGUCAUGGUCAUGGACAUGGCCAUGGACAUGGGCAAGGUGGCUGCCAUGGACAUGAACAAGGGCCUAAAUGUUGUCGCAGACGCAGGCACAAGCGUGGUCAUAAGCAUCGCAAAUGUCACAAAAAGGGGAAGGAAUGUCACGGGUCUUCCAGCAGCUCCUGCAGCAGCAGCAGCAGCAGCAGCGACUCUGACUAAAUGGACAAUUUCUGGAAACUUUCCAACUUUCAAUCGCUCUUUAAUUUUGCAGCAUUAAGUUUGGCUAUACUCAUAAUUCAUGAUUACAAUUGAACUGAAAGCAAUUUACAUUUUUGAAAGUUUAAACAAGCCUUUAACUGGACAUACACACAACAUAUAAUGAGCUUGCACUGAUUGUGUGGAUUCAAUGUUUUCUCCAUGUUUGUUUUAAGUUCUGAUGUAAUUAAUUUCAAAGUAUAAAAUAAAGAUAGAUAAUU